AUGCCCCCUAUUAAAUUAUUAUCUGAUCUCAUUAUGAAAAGUUGCAAUACGUUUAAAAGAAUUAAACUUGAUUGGUCUGCAAAUUUUAAUAUCUGUCUUAUUAAUUGGGUUGAGAUUCUUAAAUUUAAUCACAAUAUUACUCAACUUGUUGAAAUUAUUACAUACAACGUGAUAAACCUUGAAUAUUUAAAAAUUCCACUUUAUUCAUUGGAGCAACUUGUUGAAAUUCAUCGAGCUAAUAAUCCAUUAAGGAAGCUUGAAAUUUAUUUGGAUAGACAAAUAAAUCUACAUAGUGCUCUUUCUCUUUUUGCAAAUAGUCCACUCAAGAGCCCUAAAUAUUCAAUUCAAUUGUCCUUUGAUUGUAUAGAAGAUUUCACAAUCAAACAAUUGGAUCCGAUCUUAGAAUCUAUUUUUUACAAAAGUAAUCGGAUUGUUGAUUUUGUUUUACAUUCAAAUAAUUAUUUAUGCGUUUCAAUAGAGAGAAAAGAGUUACUUUUAAGAAACUACCCUAGACUUAAGAUUACUGCCGCGAAUAAUAUUUAUAAAUUAUUCAAAAAUUCAAAUAAUGUUUAUAAAUCAUUCAAAAAUUCAAAUAACUUUAAUGAUUCAUUAGAAGAUUCAAAUUAUUUUAAUGAUUCAUUCGAAGAUUUAAAUUGUUUUUAUGAUUCACUUGAAGAUGAAUCAUUUGAAGGUUACGAUUUAAGUUCAAAUAAUUUUUAUGAUUCGUUCGAAUAUUCAAAUAAUUCUUAUGAUCCAAUUGAAGAUUCAAAGAAUUCUUAUAGAUAUGAUUUAUC